UACACCUCCAUCCUGUAUGGCAAUGGCCCAGGCUAUGUGCUCAGUGGUGGUUCCCGGCCUGACGUCAACGAGAGCCAGAGCAUGGACCCCGCGUACAAGCAGCAGGCAGCCGUGCCCCUGUCGUCGGAGACCCACGGCGGCGAGGACGUGGCGGUGUUUGCGCGCGGCCCGCAGGCGCACCUGGUGCACGGCGUGCAGGAGCAGACCUUCGUGGCGCACGUCAUGGCCUUCGCCGCCUGUCUAGAGCCCUACACGGCCUGCGACCUGUCGCCCCCGGCCGCUGCCACUGCCGCUGCUCCCGCCGGGCCGGCUGCUGGCUUGCUGUCGCUGUCGCUGCCUCCCGGGCUGCUACUGCUGCUGCUGCUGCUGGUGUCCACUGCGCCCUGAAUCCCGCACCCACCCCAGGGCGUGGGACCCCAUCGCUGAGUGUCCUGCUCUCCCAGCCCUGGGUCCCAUCUGAGAGCCACCCCCAGAGCACCCACCCCACGACCCUAGGCUAAGACCUCCUGGCACUAAUUGAGUCUUAGCCCAUGGCCACUCCUUGGGAAGGUGGCUUUUCUGGGACACCCCGGCCUUCCUGGCUGCCCUCUACUCCUUGCCCCCAACCUCAGUAGCCCCAGAUUUUGUUAUACAUCAUCCCCCUGCACCCCAGGAAAG